GAUCAUGUGAUAUGGCUGCCAGCAUGCUGGAGGAGCUUCCCCAGGCCUGCAUCCACGCAGGUAACCAGAUAUCCUAUAUCCUCCGGCGAGUCGCCCCCCCCCAGCUCUCUGGCCACGAUCUCCCCUGAGAUUAUCAAACUAUAUCCAAGCACCUUUCUGUUUUCCUGUCCAUCCUCUCCUUCACCGUUGUCAUAAUCCCCAGAUCGCCAUGAACGGCGCCGCUGACCCCGAGCGCGAGCAGGCGCUCGAGGAUUACAAGAAGAGCUUGCUGGAGUUACGAGAAUGGGAAUCAAAGCUUAAGUCUUUACGCAUGGGCAUCAAGGAUCUGCAAAGAGAAUUCGAUGUCUCUGAAGAGAACAUCAAAGCAUUGCAAAGUGUCGGUCAGAUCAUCGGGGAGGUCUUGAAACAGCUAGACGAAGAGAGAUUUAUCGUCAAGGCAUCUUCCGGACCCCGAUACGUAGUCGGCUGCCGAUCGAAGGUCGACCGAUCAAAACUAAAGCAAGGCACCCGUGUCACUCUUGACAUGACCACGCUGACUAUUAUGCGGAUGCUUCCUCGAGAAGUUGAUCCAUUGGUGUACAACAUGUCUCUUGAGGACCCUGGCCAGGUCAAUUUCGCAGGUAUUGGUGGGCUGAACGACCAGAUUAGAGAACUACGGGAAGUGAUCGAGCUACCGUUGAAGAACCCGGAGCUUUUCCAGAGAGUAGGAAUCAAAUCUCCUAAGGGCGUGUUGCUCUACGGACCUCCCGGAACUGGAAAGACGCUGCUGGCGCGGGCAGUAGCUAGUUCAAUGGAGACAAAUUUCCUGAAGGUUGUCUCAUCCGCGAUCGUCGAUAAAUAUAUCGGUGAAUCGGCGCGACUAAUCCGAGAGAUGUUUGGCUACGCAAAGGAACACGAACCUUGCAUCAUCUUUAUGGACGAGAUAGACGCUAUUGGCGGCAGGAGAUUCUCGGAGGGCACUUCUGCAGACAGAGAAAUCCAGCGGACGUUGAUGGAGCUUCUCAACCAACUUGACGGCUUCGACUAUCUUGGAAAGACAAAGAUCAUCAUGGCUACGAACCGACCAGACACCCUGGAUCCAGCUCUACUUCGAGCGGGUCGACUGGACCGGAAGAUCGAGGUUCCCCUUCCCAACGAAGUCGGUCGCUUGGAGAUUCUGAAGAUUCAUACCGCCGGUGUUCAGAUAGAGGGUGAGAUCGACUUCGAGAGUAUUGUGAAGAUGAGUGAUGGCCUAAAUGGAGCUGAUCUUCGUAAUGUGGUUACCGAAGCUGGUCUGUUUGCAAUCAAGGACUACCGCGAGUCAAUUAAUCAGGACGACUUUAGCAAAGCUGUCCGAAAGGUUGCAGAGGCGAAGAAAUUGGAAGGCAAGCUGGAAUACCAGAAACUGUAGCCAAAGACGCUCAAUCUAUCUUGUCUCAUAUAUGAGCUCUACAAUCCACCAUCCGUUAGGACAUAUUCUAGUCACACGGCAAAUUAAAGGCGUUGCAACUCGAUGCACUACUGGACUUUUUUGCUAUUAGAUGAUAAUAUAGAGAAGAGGUGACGGGGGGAGACUAAACAUCUCUGCAGAAUAAUCCGCUAUCAAAAUUCUAUUGGCCACAGCAAAUUUG